UUUCAAUCUGGUCGAGGAUACUUCAUUGGCAAUGGGUUCCGACAUCAAGGAAAGUCACUCUGGGGCGUAUGACGACUCGAAGGCAUCAGAUGUCGACGUGGAGAAGAUCGAGCAUACUGGGUCUGCAGUAGAUUCCGCACCGAGCACCAAGACAGAGUCAGAGACCUACGAGAUUGACCCAGUCGCUGAGAAGAAGCUGCUGAAGAAACUGGAUUGGGUUUUCAUGCCAAUGUUCACAGCGAUAUACUGUUGUAACUUCAUCGACAGAACGUCGAUAGGGAAUGCAAAGGUUGCGGGGCUCGAGAAGGACCUAGGUAUGACUGGCUUCAACCUCAACGUCGCACUCACCGUCUUCUAUAUAUUCUACAACAUCUCCGACAUUCCCUCCAACCUCCUCCUAAAGCACUUUGGCUCCAAAUGGCUCGCAUUCCUGGUCACCGGAUUCGGCGUCGUCACGCUCUUCUCCUCCUUCAUGACUUCGUACGGAGGACUCAUCGCAAGUCGCGUCUUUCUCGGAAUAACCGAAGGGGGCACACUGUCUGCGUUGGUGUAUAUUUUAGCCAGGUACUACCGAAGGCAUGAGCUCGUUCUGCGAGUCGGAAUCUUCUUUGGCGUUGCUCCCAGCAUUGCCGGUGCAUUUGGAGGGCUUCUGGCUUCGGGACUUCUCCGUAUCAAGGACUUUGGGAUCAUCACUACCUGGAGAAAGAUUUUCCUCAUCGAAGGUCUCAUUACGACAAUCUUCGGACUCGCCUUGUUCUUCAUCGUCCCCGAAGACAUUCGGACAACAAAACUAUUAAGCGAGGAGGAGAGAAAGUUGGCUUUGGCGAGGAUGGAUGCAGACCAAGUGGUGAAGACGCAGGGUGUUAAAGAGAAGACGACUUGGAGGCUGGUCUACCGUUCGUUCAAUUUCUUGACGGUUGCUUUGACAAUAUGCUUCUUGCUAUUGAACGCAUCCUUCCAGGGUCUUAGCCUCUUCCUACCGCCAGUCAUCAACACUCUCGGAAACUUCAGUGUGAUUGAAGUUCAGCUCCGAAGCGUUCCCCCAUACCUCGCCAGCGCAGUCUGGGUUGUCGCCAACGCUUAUCUCAGCGCUCGAAUUCGAAAACGAUUCUUACCUCUACUGUACAACAUGCUGCUCGUCGUUGUGGGUUACACCAUCGCAGUUUCUACAAAGAAUUCAGCCGCAAGGUAUGCGGCGUGCUUCCUCAUUCUCAUGGGUGCUUCCGUAGGUGGACCAAUGAUUCUAAUUUGGGGAACCGACAAUGCCGCACCGGAUACCAUGCGUGCAGUGGUUACGGCGGCUAUUCCUGGCAUUGGUGCCUUUGGUGCAAUCUUGGGAGUAUGGACCUACCUCGCCGUGGACGCACCCGACUACCGCAAGGGGAAUCUCGCGAACUUGGCGUCGACGUCCACGAUCUGUGUUCUCGUCGUUAUCAUCGCACUCUACAUCCGAUGGGAGAAUCAAAAACGUGAUCGAGGCGAGAGAGAUUAUCGUUUGGAAGGAAAGGAUGAGCGAGAGCUUGAACAACUGGGGUACAAGCACCCGAGGUUUAGAUACCAGAUCUAG